AUGUACUAAGUAGCUACAACUGAUGCUGAAUGUGUUGCUUAUGUUGUUAAGAGUGGAGUAUGCAAAACUGAUGGAGCUAAAUUUGUCCCUAGAGCUACAUAUAGUUCUUAUCAAAGUGGAGCAGCUUGUACAAUUGGAUAAGAUGGAGUUCCAUGUAUAUUUGAUUUACCAGUUGGAGCAACCACAGGAACUAAAUCAUGCAGACCUAAGGAAUGUUCAGAUAUCAAAGGAACUACUAAUGAUGCUUGUGUUGGAAUAAUUCCUAAAAAGCUUGUGUUUCUAAUGGAACUGUUUGUGUUAAAUAAGAUAUAUGUGCCAAUUAUAAGAAUAAAUUAUCAUGUAAAGUAGGAGGUUCUGAUGGUAAAUGUGCAUUCAAUCCAGCACCAACAGAUCCAAAUAAUGGACCCUGUUAAUUAUUCAAAUCAUGUAAAAAUGCCAAUAAUGAUUAAGAUGCUUGCAAAAGAAAAUAAAAGGCAUGUAAAUGGUCAUCAACUACUACUGGGACUACCACUACAACUAGAUGUUAACCUAUGGAUUGGCCAGGAAUUGCUUCAGGUACUACUUGUAAUCCUUUCCAAAGUUUCGAUGGUGCAUCAAGUACUAUUUGUGUUCUAGUCAAUAAUGCAUGUACUGUUGGUGAUCCAUCCACUCUUACUGCAGAAAAAUGCUAUAAGACAACAAAACUUUAAAUAAAUGUGUUUCAUGCAAAGCUCCAACUAACAAAAACAAUAAUAUAACCAUUCCAAACACCACCGACCCAGGUACUAAUACUUACGAUAAUGGAUACAUAUUGGGUGUAACAAUACCAUUGGCUAUUUUGGGAAUCUUUGUUUGAUUUUAAUUUAAAAAUUUAUAUAGGGAAAAAUUAAGAUAUAUUAAUAAAAAUUCAUUUUUCACAAUUUAUUUUGA